UGUCCCUGCCCGCAGCAAGUGCUCUGUCUGCUAAAGCAACAGUUGCUGUCUACACCCGUUAGAGAUAUCGCUUUGUUUGCUCUCCAUAUCUCUCUGUGGUGUAAUUUCCGACUUGUUUGUGCAACUACAGCCGAGAGACGGCCGGUGCUGUAUAGUAAUGAUACGGUCUAUGUUGUCCAUCCUGAUGACAGCAACGAUUGUUGUUGGCUCGCUGCGCGUAGAAGCUACAGUAAGAACAGAGACUGAUAAACGAUGUGUCGAACGCCAGUGCAAGACAGCUGAGGACUGUCAAACGCACGAGUGCUGCUUGAAGAAAGAACCGAGACGCCAGUCGGAAUUCUACUGCAUGCCUCAGCAGAUACUCAAUCAGGCAUGUGAUCCAAAGUUCAUGUACACUUGCGCGUGCAAAGAUGGACUCGAGUGUCGGCGGCGGAAUGAGAAAGGGCGCGAUCACCCUUUUCACAAUCGAUCACAAGGUGUCGAAGUGCCUCCGUGCGGUGUAAACCGUGCAGGCUGGAAAAGGAGAGAUAAGUUUGUCUGUACAAAGUCGACUGCUGUAGCAAACACGACUACUCGCUUGCCUCAAAAGCAACAAGGUGGGCCAACUGAGCUGGUGGUUGUCGUUGUCGGUGAGACGACCGAGCCUCCAACCACCUCUCUGCUAUCAGCAGACGAAGUCCUAGCACAAGGAGGUGAGGGAACUUGUAGAUGGUUCACUACACCAGUCAGCGAGUGUCCAUCACCUUGUCAGGGAACGGUGUCGCGCAACGUGUUCUGCUUGUGUACGCCACCCAACGGCGUUGUCAACGCGGAGGAUGCCAACUGCGAACGUGAUGAUGCCAACGUGAGCAAGCCUGUGUCAGAGCUCACUUGUGAGGUUGGAUGCCCAGACACCGCAAGAGUGACACCAUCCACUGAUCUGGGAUCAGCAUUCGAACCGACCAUUGCCCUUAACUUCGAUCCAACCGAGCCAACUGAGCCUCCUACCACUAUACGUCUACUUACUGCAGCACAAAUUAUAGAAUUAGGAGGUGGAGGGACUUGUCAAUGGAAUGCUGGUUCAUUAUCUGAAUGCUCCAGUACAUGUGCUGGAGUACAAACUCGCAGUGUCUUCUGUUUGUGUACUCUAGCCACUCUACUUCAAGUCAGAGGGACGACAGACAAUUGUGAGCGCGAUGAUUCCAGUAAAAGACCAGAGUCGGAGAUUCCUUGCGGGGACGUCUGCCCAACUGUAUCAUCUUCUGAACCCUCAACAGUUCCAGCUUACACAGAAACAGUUCCAACUACCACAGCAACAGUUCCAGCUACCACAGCAACAGUUUCAGCUACCACAGCAACAGUUCCAGCUACCACAGCAACAGUUUCAGCUACCACAUCAACAUUCCCGGUUUUGUUUACAGCCGAGAUGGUCAUAAAUCAAGGAGGUGGAGGAGCUUGCACGUGGGAUACGAGGGAGCUGUCAGAGUGUUCAGCAACGUGUAGUGGCAUUCAAACCAGGGAUGUCGUCUGUUUGUGCACUUUGUCCGAUCGCCGUGUCGUGCAGGCAACCGAGGAUAACUGCGUGCGUGAUGUGCCCGGCAGCAAACCAGCAUCAGCCGUACCCUGUAGUCCAGACUGCCCCAUAGCCUCAACAAUUACAUCGACGCCAUCUGGUUCAACAACUAGAACACCAACACGACUUGGAACGCCAACACGACGUUCUACUGUCACAAUGACAGCUCGCUCGACAACCACCGCAACAUCUACACCGACCCUCACAUCUCACAUUUCCACUUCAACUCCUUCAGUCGAUGCAACUACAAUGACUAGCAUUCUUGUCACUGCUAACGCCGUGCUAGCACAAGGAGGUAGCGGUACUUGCAGGUGGAUUUCCGGGGCUUAUUCCCAAUGCUCGGCAUUGUGUCAAGGAACGCAAACUCGGACGAUCCUCUGUAUCUGCAUUUUGUCUACAAAUGAGAUUGUCAAAGCCACAGAAGACAACUGUCUCCGUGAUGACCACGACGCAAAACCCAACCCAGAGCGCGCCUGUGGCAAAGACUGUCCAACAACCGCUCCAACAACCUCUCCAUCCACAACACCUACUGAACAACCAACCUCAGACUGCCCGACAGUUGAUAUUCGAAGAACUCGAGAGUGUGACCUUACUCAGUGUGAUGACGAGAGCGACUGCUUUGAUGAGGAAUGUUGCCUUCAAGUAACUAUUACACACCCAAAAGACUCUGCUCCUCGAUUUUAUUGUUUCCCGCUACUUCAACUUGGCGAUGUCUGUGACGUAGAAGCAAAUUGGACUUGUCCCUGCAGGCCAGGCUUGCAAUGCCAAGACGAUAGAAACGUAGUGGCACGAAGUCCUCGUAAGAAGAAAAAGGAUGAGUUCUACAAGCAGAGACCGCAAGUAGAAAUAAAGAAAUCGGACGAGUGUCCCCAAUUAUCUAGGAAGAAACCAAAAAGACAUAAAAAAACGAAACAUGAUGCUACCUGCACUGCAAUCACAAGUGCAAAGCCAACAGUUGUGCCAUCGACCACCGGACGGUCAAUCCCAAGAUGUCCGAGUCCACCAUCACGUCCGUUUCCACUAACUUCGUGUAGAAUCAGCAGAUGUAGAAAUGACAAUGAUUGCAGACCUGACGAUUGCUGUCUAAACGUGGAGUACGAACAAGGCAAAGGAAAACACAAAAUAAAAGGAAUGACGCCAUUCUGUGUGCCUCUAGUGGACAAUGGUGGAGCAUGCGAUCGAGAAAGAAAGUGGAGUUGCCCUUGCAGAGAUGGACUCGUAUGUACACAACAGAGUGACAAGAAAGGAAAAGAUCCCAAGGACUCCAGUAAACACCAUAGACCAAAAGUUACUAUGAAAUACGAGGGUUACUGUCCGACCUCGUCAACUAAACGGAAAGCACACAAAGAUGUUCCGACUUGCCAAAGGCCUUCACUAGGAAGAUCACGAAGAUAUUCGGAGCAUGAAAAUAAUAGAGUGAAAAGAAAUCCAGUCGUCGUAUUUGCGUCAGACUAGCUUGCACAAUCUAGUCAACUGUCGACACAUCUUGUUCACUUUGAAAACACAAGUCUAGAGAAGUAGUGAACGUUUGACAGGACGUGUCGUGCAUCUCAUCUGCCUGCUAUACACAAAUAGCUUUCUACAGCCCACUUUACUAGACACCGCUAACUACAUAUUUACAUCUAAUUAAGUUGUUAAUUAAUAGAAAUCUUCAAAGAUA